CUGAUCAAUGCAGAAGGGAGUGUUGUCUUGUUCCAGUUUGAAGAAGUAGAAUGGGACCAUAAUCAGACUUCUGAAAGAAAAGCUAACAAAACAGACAUAAGCAAAUUUAAUGACUUACCAACCCGAAUAAAGGCUUCUCCAUAUUCACAAUCUGAGCGGGAAAAACGAACCAGAAAGAAGAAUUGGAAACUAUACAGCGAACCCGAUGAUACGGUGCUGUCCUAUUACAUUUCCCAGCAUUCCACAAGAUUAUCCAGAGGUGCUCCAGCUCUCCUUUACGAAAUGGUGAAGAUCCCUUUUCCCCGGAAGAGGGAGAAUAUGGCAGCCGCAGAACUGCAUCCAUAUGAAAAGCACAGACUCUCUUUACUUGCCCAUCAAACCUUAAAAGAACAGCAAUCUUUAACAAUAUUCAAAGGUCCUUCUGAUGAUGACUUAGUAUCAGAAGCUCCACCCCCUUCUUCAUUUGGCCAGAAUACCAAGGCUUUGUUAAAUCACGUAAAGAAGAAAUAUCCUGUUGGUCCCAUAUUUAAUGAUCAUAUACUCCUCACUGUCAGUACAAUGCACCAUGCCUACCAACAUGAUAAUGUUAGUGCCAAUAUGGCAUACAACAUGAAAAUUACAGAUGCUUGGGAACCUGUUCACCCCAAGAAAGAACAGCACAAAUCAUCUCUAUCUCUAUCUCUAUCUCCUCAAAGUUCAAAGCAAAAGACAACAGAUCCAUCAGCUGAGAUGAAACAACUAAAGGCUUCUGGUGGCACUUUAGGUAUGGAAAGGAUUUCCUCACCUUAUGAAACCAAAAUACUACAGCUCAACACAAAGAACUCUUUGCUUGGGGGUAAUGUGAAAUCCUUCAUUCCUCCCCCCACUAUCACACGUUCCAAGUCCUGCAGCAGCUUGUCAGGAAGGAAAGCUUAUCGUAAGAUCCCAUCUCCUGCCGCUGAGAGUACCAUCAUUGGUCAUUUUACAAGCUCAGCUGAAUCCAUCAAAAUACCGCGGAUGAAGAUUGGCCAGCCUGACGCAGACACAACUUCACGGCGAAGAAAAGUCUUACAUGCCCAUAUCCCAAAUCCUUAUCGGUACAAUUCUGGGUUCCAACUUCUGACAACGCAACAAAUGAAAGAGUAUGAAGAAGCUAAGAUAGCAGAGUAUCAGGCAACCAAAACAAAAGUUAUUGCAAACAGAGAAAAAGUGUGUAAAAAUGCUUGGGUGAGGAAAAUUAAAGGUCUUCCUAUAGAUGACUUCACUAAGGAGGGCAGAGUUGCUGCUCCUGAACUUGGAGAUAAUGUUUUUAUUUGAGACUAACUUAUCAAUACAGCUGAUAAACCUUGACAAACAAAUACAAAGUGCUGGGCCUGGCAGAUUUGGUGCGUGUGCAUCUUUGCCCUAUCUCCCUCUUUUGGGAGAUGGUGACAAAUUGCAUCUAGCUAUUAGACCUUCUUCAUUGUCAAAAGUGGGAUUCUGGGGUACUUUCCCUCCCUUCCCCAAAAUAAUUCCAGUUUGCAACAUUUGUAGAUUUAAAGUGCUCCUGUUCUGUUCAGAAAGGUUUAUUAACAAGAUUUAUGAUGAUACUGUUUAUAAAUUUUGCUUCAGAAAUGUUAUGUGUGCAUUCCUUGAAAUGUAUUACUUAGCUGAUAUCUUAAUGUAACUGUUUCACUGUGUAGUUAUAAAAGUUAUCACAAGUUAUAUGUUUAUAAAAAUAAUUUUAAAAGCUUGUAAGUAGUUGUAUUUCUGUUUUGUACUGUACCUUCUUACAGAGUAAGUAAUUUAUUUUUUUUUACAGAUUUUGUUCUUACCUGCAAAAUAGACUACAGAUCAGAUCAAAUACAAUGGUAAUUUUCUACAUUUGAGAUCUGAAAUUAUCCUGGCUGGGAGAAUAUUAGGAGAUUUCUUUUGUUAUAGUAGGGCUUAGCAAUCCAUCCUUUGCAACUCCCUUUUAUAUACAACUAGCAAUA